GUCAACCUGAGAGGUCACGCAGGCCAAUCGUUUUGCGCCUUCCUUGCGCCCGGUGUUUACGUUAGCCUUACUGGCGAUGCCAACGACUACGUAGCGAAGGGUCUCUCUGGUGGGAAAGUGACCAUUGUCCCGGCGUCGAGACUACUCACUAAGAAUUUCCAUUCCGAGGACCAUAUCAUCGUUGGCAAUGCCUGUCUCUAUGGUGCCAUCGAUGGUCGCGUCUUCAUUCGCGGUCAGGCUGCAGAGCGUUUCUGUGUGCGUAAUUCCGGCGCCAUUGUUGUGGCCGAAGGGUGUGGUGAUCACGGCUGUGAAUACAUGACAGGUGGCCGUGUGGUUCUCUUGGGUCGCUCUGGUCGCAACUUUGCUGCGGGCAUGUCUGGUGGUCUUGCUUUCGUCUACGAUGCUGACCGCGUUUUUAAAGCACGCUGCAACCUCCAAACUGUAACCCUCUUUGACAUGACUCUCGAAAAUGAGUAUGCCUCUUGGCUCUGCACAAUCAUUAGAACUUUCUUCGACGAGACGGGUUCCCUGGUUGCACGACACAUUCUCAAGUACUUUGACACGGAAGUGAGCAACUUUGUUCUCGUCUUCCCCAAUGACUAUUACUCGGCGCUAAAGACAAUGACAGCUGAAAAUGGCAUCGUAUUAAUGGAUGCUGCUACUCCCGUAAACGGAGACGCUGUUUCUGCUAUUGAUGAUAACGACGGAGCUGUCGUGCCUGCUGCAGCUGCGAAGUCCAUUGCUAAUGGCCUUAAAACCAUCGAUAUCGAAGAUGUACUAAAGGAAUCGGUGGCGGUUGAAAAGGGGGCAGAAGUGGAGAUCCCAGACAAAUUGCGCGGAUUUGUAAAGUACCCGCGCACAAAGAUAAAGUAUCGGUCUAUAGAGGAGCGCUUGCACGACUGGUCUGAAGUUUACGCGCACGGAACUCUGCGCCACGGUCUCAAGGUACAGGCAGCGCGGUGUAUGGACUGCGGUGUUCCUUUUUGUCAGUCUAGCUUUGGCUGUCCCCUUGGCAAUCUCAUUCCAAAUUGGAAUGACCUCGUUCACAAGCAGACUGAGGAGUGUCACGAACAAUUCAAUAUUUCUACACUGUAUAGCGCAUGA